UCUGCUUUCCUCGGGCCAGAACUGGAAGCAUCAAAGACGAUUUUCAAUGGCGACUCUGAAGACCCUGGGCAUGGGAAAGAGCGCUCUGGUGUAUCAGAUCGAAGAGGAAGCCCAGAGUUUGGUGGAAGUGUUCAGGAAAACUGAAGGAAAACCCAUGAAUCCUUCUUUCGCCCUGAACCUCGCCGUUUCCAACGUGAUUUGUGCGCUCGUCUUUGGCCAUCGUUUCUCCACAGAAGACAAGACUUUUCAUCACCUGCUGGAAGCCAUUGAGAAGAUUUUCAAUGCCUCUGACAAUGUCGCGAGUAACGUGAGCUGAUCCCUUCUUUCCUUUUUCUCAGGAGAAUCAAAAUAUUACG